GAGACAAGUUCAGCACACAGAAUUUAUUCUUCGGGUGAUCAUCUACUGUAUUUGAAUUUCUUCUUCACACUUGGAACCAAACUAAGAAAACAUGAUCAACAUUCAUUUUCCAAAACCAUUGUGUUGAACUGAUACACAAGAAAGGAGGGAAAACAGAUGAAAAUGGCUUCCAGAUCAUAUCUUCCUGAGGAGGAUCUCAUCUGUCCUGUGUGCUUUGAGAUUUAUAAAGAUCCUGUCGUACUAACAUGCAGCCACAGCUUCUGUAAAACUUGUCUACAAGACUGCUGGAAUGACAAGUUCAAGGAGUGUCGAAAUUGUCCUGUAUGCAGGAAAAGGUUUACACUGGCUGAACCUCCCUGUAACCUGGCUCUAAAAAACUUGUGUGAGACACUGGAGAAGAAAGGCUCAAUAGUUUUAACGGAAUCUGAAGUGUUCUGCAGUCUACACAAUGAGAAACUCAAGCUCUUCUGUCUGAAGGAUAAAGAACCCAUCUGCUUGGUGUGUCAGACCUCCAGAAAACACAGAUCUCACACAUGUGUUCCAGUAGAUGAGGCUGCCCAGGAUCACAGGGAGGAGAUUCAGACUGCUCUGAAACCAAUGGAGAAGAAGUUAGAGUACUUAAAGAAAAUCAAACUAACCUGUGAUAAAACUGCAGGACACAUUAAGAUGCAGGCGAAUUGCACAGAGUGCCGGAUCAAGAUGGAGUUCAAGAAGCUUCACCAGUUUCUACAACAGGAAGAAGAAGACAGGAUUUCAGCACUAAAGAAGGAGGAGAAGCAGAAAAGUGAGAAAAUAAACGAGAAGAUUAGAGGAAUAAAUAAAGAGAUAGUAUUACUUUCAUACACAAUCAAAACCAUAAAGGAGGAGCUGAGAGCAAAGGAUGUCUUAUUCCUGCAGAAGUUCAAAGUCACAGAGGAAAAAACCCAGGUCAAACUGCUGGAUGCUCCACACCUAGUCUCAGGAACACUUUUAGAUGUGGCAAAGCACCUAGGAAACUUGACCUUCAGAGUCUGGGAGAAGAUGCAGAAGAUGGUUAAACACACUCCUGUGAUUCUGGACCCCAACACUGCAGCCUUCUCUCUCUCUCUGUCUGACGAUCUGACCAGUGUGAGACAACUGGACUCAAAGCAGCAGGUCCCUGACAACCCAGAGAGGUUCACGGAAUACGCUACCGUUCUGGGCUCUGAGGGGUUCAACUCAGGGAAGCACAGCUGGGAGGUGGAGGUGGGGAACAACCCAAUAUGGACUUUAGGAGUGAGCGAAGAGUCUGUGAACAGGGUAGGGGAGAUAAAAGCAGGACCCGAUUAUGGACUUUUUGCUCUGACAAAAGAUAACGGCACAUUUACGGCAGAAGGUAGGACCCUCGCUCUGCAGAAGACACCGCAGAGAAUCAGAGUGCAGCUGGACUUUGACAAAGGGGAGCUGUCCUUCCAAGACUCAAAGGACAUGACUCACAUCUACACCUUUAAAUCUAGGUUCACUGAGAGAAUGUUUCCAUUCGUCUGCAUUGGAAAAGCUUGUGAUUCCAACACCCCUGACAUACAAAUCUGCCAGUCAGAGGUGUGUCUGAAGGUAAUGCCAUUCAAGUGGCUGUAAGUGUGUGUGUACAGAAUGUGUUUUUGGUUUCAGUUUGUGUCUACGUAUUUUUUUCAAUCUGCUAAGGGAGGCGGCAAAUUUUCUAUCUUAAAUGUUUUCCUGUUUUAGAUUAACACAAAAAUAUAACCCUCUGUAGUUAUAUCAUUGGGAAACUCUGUGAUAGAUCUGAAAGAGGACAUUUAGACUGUGAUAACCUCAUGUGGUCAAUCAGAGAAUCCUUUUUGUUCGGGAGCCCCAUUUUAUUUGGCAAGAGGUAAUGCAAGAUGCGGACAAAAGGUUUGACACUAAGCCAGUCACAUUCCCACACACACCCAUACACAAAACACACACACAUACAAACCUAUUCUGUACCUGUCUUACCGGUUUUGAGGUUCUGUAAAUACCUCUCAUUACUCUACUCUAAUCAACAUAGAUUUAUCUAGCUUCCUACAUAACACAAUGUUGAUCACAUAUAUAUUUAAACAGAAACACAUAAUCACACACUAUAGUGUGGUGUGACUAUACAGUCAAACCACUUCUUAAAAAAAUUAUGCUAUUCCUUGAUUUGUUUCUGCAGAAGAACAUUCAUCUUAAAAUAUAAUCCUCUACUUUUUACAAUUUGUAAUUCUUGAUUUCAUUAUUACAUUUUUUAAAGAAUUCAUACUGUGCUAAUAUAACUUACGUAAUUAGCAUGAGUGCAAAUAAUCUGUUAACCUGAAUGUACUGUUGACAUUUGACAUUUAGUCAUUAAGCAGACGCUCUUAUCCAGUGCGACUUACAGGAAGUAAGUACAGGGACAUUCCCCCGAUGCAAGUAGGGUGAAGUGCCUUGCCCAAGAACACAACGUCAUUUUGCAAGGCCAGGAAUCGAACCGGCAAUCCUCUGAUUAAUAGCCUGAUUCCCUAACCGCUCAACCAUCUGACCCCCACUGUCUACUACUUCUCUACUACUGUAGAGAAGCACAUCCAUUAAACAUAGCUAUAGACUUCAGAGAAUGCCGCAUUGCUUUUCUGUAUAACACCAAGUCUUUCAAGUCAGCAACUUAGGAAAUGUGAUUGUGUGAAGAGAGGAGCUUAUGUGUUUGGCUUGUAUAUUUGUGUGGGUACAUGUGGACAUCUCUACACUUACACAGCCUGACCAGUGCAGUUCCUCCUACUACCACAGGAGGGCUCUAGAGAAUAGGGAAUAAUGCUAUGAUGAGUAAGAUCCACCAGCAACACCAGAACUCAUUCCUUGCAGGUACAUCAUGUCUUAGGCAUAACGCUCUCCACAACACAAUGAAUGACUUUGCUCUUUAAAAAGAAAUCACCUUUCUUUAACACAUCUGUUACUGUGACACGAUGAUUUUAAUCAUUUCAUUCAUUUGUGUAAGAUAACUGGGGACAUCUGAGGACUGAAAAUGAAAAUGCCAUUGGAACUGUUUAUACUAAAUGAGUGCUUCCAUUUGAGGACAGGAGUAAAGCAGAGUGGUUCACCGACAUGAAUAUGAUGAUGAUUCAGAAAACCAUCUGCUUCAGGGAUAUCAUCUCAUUGUCGGUAAUCAAGGCAUCCAUAUUGUGUUCAGCAGUUAGAAAUGGCCUCCUUAAUAGUGAGAGAGAGUCUGUUCACUCCACUCACACUGCUCUCCACAAUGUAACAGACACUCUUCACACUGCCGGAACUUUCUCUCUCAUCAAACGUUUCACACAGUUAACAACCAGAUCUCUGCCUGCACCCAGGACCAGCUGAACAGCACAGUCUACUUUCACCAGGUUUGCAAUCCUGUUUGAUUGCUUUUACCUGGUGAGGCAAGAAAAUACAUCUUACCUGGUGAGGCAAGAAAAUACAUCUGCCCAAGUUAUGCAUUCUAACCACUGGUGGUUCCUUUAUUGUUCAUUCUGUCUCCAAAUUUCAUUGGUUUUACAACAUCCUCAAGGGGUUCCUCUCAUCUUUGCUGCGCUGACAACACUGAAUACAAACACCUGGGCAACUCCUCGACACCGUAACAUUCAACAGUGGUAUCUCACUGUUACCCAAUAGAACAGGUACAUUUGAUAUGUAUGUGAAGGAAAAAUAAGCCAUAAGCAUGGGCUCAUAUCUCUGACCCUUACAACAUGUUUAUACUGUAUUUCUUUAUAUGGCCUGGCACUGGUAUUGCUGAUGCCACUUGAUGUCAUAGAAGACUCUACAGACAUAUGGCUGGGAUCUACAGUAAUUCUCUCUCUCUAGACAAACAUUUGUAUUCUAAGUAGCUUUGGAUAAAACUGCUUAAUGACUAAAACAUCAAACAUAA